GUGUGCAGAGCAGUGACCUCCUCCACAGCGAGCGUGUCGCUAACCACCAUUAAAUCUCAACCAAACAAAAACACAUCCACGGGAGGACACCGGGCGCUCACCCGCCUUCGAGGAGAUAAAGAUUUGGUCUCCUUCCUCUAUUUUUCCCCCCCCUCACUUUUCGUCCAGGCUGAAGCGGUGCAGCAGCAGCUGGGGCCAGAAGCGAGCAGUAUGCAUUCAGACUGCAGGCUGCUAUGGGCAGAGCGGUAAUGGUGGGCAGGGGACCGACAGGGGCCGGGGUGCUCGUCCUGUCCGUGCUCAUCGUUCUCACCGCGGAGGGCUGUCGAGGGCAGAAAGGUGAUGGCUGCGGCCCCAGUGUGCUCGGCCCCAGCAGCGGGACGCUGUCCUCUCUGGACAAUCUGAGGACAUACCCGAGUGACACUGUGUGUGAGUGGGAGAUCACUGUGCCGCGUGGAAAGAGGAUCCACUUUCGAUUUGCUCUGCUGGACUUAGGAGACAGUGACUGCCAGGUCAACUAUCUCCGCCUCUACAACGGCAUCGGAUCCAAAAAGACUGAGAUUGUGAAAUACUGUGGUUUGGAUCAGAAGGUUGAUGAGCUGAUCGAGUCUUCAGGCAACCAGGUGACCGUCCAGUUCAGGAGUGUGAUGCACCGUUCAGGACGUGGAUUCUACCUGUCCUACUCCACCACUGAACACUCAGAUUUAAUCACUUGCCUCAACAAAGGAUCCGAUUUCCCAGAGGCAGAGUUCAGUAAAUACUGUCCUGCAGGCUGCUUGACAUCGACAGAGAAGAUUUCUGGAACUACCCCAAAUGGAUACAGAGAGUCGUCCCCUUUGUGUGUGGCGGCUAUCCAUGCAGGUGCGGUGUCCAAUGCUGCGGGCGGGAAGAUCACCGUGGUGAGCAGCACAGGCAUUCCUCACUACGAGGCAACACUGGCUAAUAACGUCACUUCCACUGUAGGAAUUUUAUCAAAGAAUCUUUUCACCUUCAAAACAGAUGGCUGCUCCGGGACGCUGGGUUUGGAAUCUGGUGGUGUUUUGGACUCUCAGCUCAGCGUUUCGUCCGUGUGGGACUGGAACUCCACCGCCGGUGAGCACGUCGUGUGGGGGAAGUCGGGAGCUCGUCUGAAGAAGCCCGGGCUUCCCUGGGCUCCUUCACCCAGCGACCGGCAGCAGUGGCUGCAGGUUGACUUCAGGAGGGAGAAGAGGAUCACAGCCAUUGUCACCACGGGUUCCGACCGGAGCGAGUACCAGUACUUUGUGAAGGCAUACCGGGUUCUGUUCAGCAAAGAUGGCAAGGAGUGGCAUUUCUACAGGGAAACUAAUUCUUCGCAAGACAAGAUUUUCCAAGGUAACGUGGACUACCAGGACAAGGUGAGGAAUAACUUCAUUCCUCCAAUCGAGGCUCGUUUUGUGAGGAUCAAUCCCACCUUGUGGAACCAGAGGAUUGCUCUAAAGCUGGAGUUGUUUGGCUGCGUUCCUGGAGGUGGCAGAGCAGCUGGUACAAAACCGUUCACUACCUCCGGUUCUGGUUCCACUCCACCUCCCGCGAAGACGAAGCACCCGCCUCAUCUCAGCGAAGCAACGCACACGCCGGACAUCAGAAACACGACGAUGCCUCCCCACUGUGGCAAAGAUGUGGUGCUGAUGGCAGUUCUGGUUCCGGUGGCGGUCGUGGUUCUGACUGCUCUGAUCUUGACGGUGGCUUGCGUUUGCCACUGGAGGAACAAGAAAAAGAGCGCAGAAGGAACGUACGACAUUCCCUACUGGGAUCGGACAGUCUGGUGGAAAAGCAUGAAGCAGCUGCUGCCCUCCAAGAUGAUGGAGACCGAGGACUCUGUUCGCUACAGCACCCCUGAGGUCAGCCGGCUGGCGGGACGGAGCGCCGUUCCCAGACUGCACGCUGAACCUGCAGAGUAUGCCCAACCGCUGGUGAGCGGUGUGACCACACUGGGUGCACGGUCGACCUUUAAGCCAGAUGAAGGGCCUGAACCGGGCUACUCGGAUCCAGACCUGUACGACGCUCCCAUCCCACCCGACGUUUACCACCCCUACGCAGAGCCGCUGCCGUCAUCAGGAGCCGAAUACGCGACUCCCAUCGUAGUGGACAUGGGCUGCCACCUGCCCUCCAAAGUGCUCAAUUUUAUGGGCUCCGGGCCCAGCCCUCUGCUCACGUGGACAGACGGCAGCCAGUCUGGGGGGUCUGUCUAUGACACGCCGAAAAAUGCCAAUGGACAGACCAUGCCCACUCAGGACCUGACCUAUCAGGUCCCUCAAAAAGUUCCUCCAAAGCCAGCUGGUUGAGUGCCCAAGAGGCCAGACGAGCCCAGUUUGGGGAAGGAAAACCCAGCUGAAGAUGUCUUUGAGUCUUGAAUGAACACUACCUUUUAGCUUCAGAUUCAGCUGGAGGUGUUUGUAUUUCUUGAACUUUCCUGCAAGGCUACAAACUGCUUGCGUGGUGCCUUUAGAGUCCUAUCACUGAAACUACGAUGAAUGUGUUGGUGACGGAAAGGAGGAAGCUGACUACUGUUUGUGAAAGACUUUGUCCCCGUUUGUGACGUGUCCACCUGUUCUCUUCUGAAGCUGUGAUUUCCACCCCGAUCGUCUCUCCAUUCAAUCACUGCAUGUUUUGUUACGUCGCUUACGUUAAAAUGUUUCAGAGCCGGGCCAUGUUGCGUUGUCGCAUCACGUCGCCUCCUUAUGGUACGUAUGUUUUAAAGCAUGACUUGAAAUUGUUAAUAGUUGUUGUAAUUCCAUCACUGCGAUCCUUUUAGGUCAAACGAUUAUCAGAUUGUUUUAUUUCACAUCCUGCUGAUUACCGAGCGGCCUCUCCCCCUUUUCUACCCUCACUGUUAGCGGAUCAAUCUGUUGCACUGUUAUGGUUGAAAGACGUUUCUUUUUUUAUCUUUUGAGACAACUUCUGUCAUGAAGUAUUUUAGCCAUGACCUUUCCUGAUGGAGACCAAACCUUGCCUUCUGUGGUCCAAAUCCGUGCCAUCACAACCAAAAAAUAAAAAAAAAGUCUUAAAUUAGAGAAGUAUAAUGUUGCAAAUGGUAGUGUGUGAGAUUUAGUGUUUAAGUCGGUGUUGCAUCUGUCCUGAAGCGUUUAGAUCGAUUGUUCCCGUCUUCUGUGUUCGUCGUCUGAGUGUUUUGACCGUUUUGUGGCUGAAACGUUUAAACGUCACACCAGUAAACUGCAUUCCUCUCCUGCGGCACUGAUCUGAGCAAAACACUGGCUGACAGGAGGGCAGAUGGUGGACAAACGUGCAUCAAGCUGCUUCUUUAUUUUCACAAAACAGCUGUGGGAAGGUGUGCCAGUGUCACGCGCUGAUUGUGUUCAAUAACCACAGAGUGAUUUAUGGAGAUUAAAGUUCCAUAGUUGCAUAAAA